AUGACGCAGAGCAACAUGUGUAGUCCAACAAGCCGUAGAACAUCCCCAGAAGCAACGGAGGCUCAGCAUGACACGGACGUAUCCACGCCACCUGUUUCUGUAAGCAAUAGCAACGCUACAACUGAUCAUGUUGACGCAGAAUUUGGGGGCUCAUGGUCACAAUUCACACCAGUCAACAGGCCACCUCGAAAGAGGCCCGAAAGUCCAGGCCGCGAUGGCGCAGAGCACCGAGUGGAAUUCCAGAUUGAGGGAACUGACUCCAUCCUGCGCCGUUGCUUCGAGGCCUCUUCCUCUCGAGAAAUGUUCGCAAUUCGCCAAGCAACCCGCUCGGUGUCGCGCGAGGACGUGAUCACCGCGGCGGAGGCGGCGAUCGGUGACGUCAACGUGGCGAAGAAACGAGUCAGGGCCGGUAAAAAGGAAGAAGCAAAGAGGCGCAGGGUGGAGGCCAGGCUGCAGCGAGAGCGGGAAAAGAGAAGGAAAGGCGACCAGGAGCGGAAGAGGGCGGGAGAGAGGGGUGCGACGCAGCGAAUCGCGAGGAAACGCCAGGACGAAGGCGAGAAGCGGUAA